GCGGCGGGGGGCGGGGCCGGAGGCGCAGGCGUGAUCGCUUUGCAGCCGCGCGUUUGAAUUGCUGAGGAGGGGAGCCCUGCGGUGACCAUGGGGCUAAAAAGCACCCAGAAGGGUUUGUUCCCUUUGCGCUCCGUCUCCGAUGUGGUGCGCCUCUUCGAACUGGAACUCCACCGGGAGCAGCCGGAUCUGGUACUUCUCUCCUUGGUGCUGGGCUUCGUGGAGCACUUCCUGGCCGUCAACCGUGUUCUUCCAACCAACGUUCCCGGCAUCAGCUUUGAGCCGGCUCAGGGUCCCGAAAGCCUCACCUACUUCCCCGUGGCUGACUUGAGCAUCGUGGGCGCCCUGCAUGCCCGCUUCACCGCCCAGAUCCGUGGCGCCGUGGAUCUCUCUCUCUACCCCCGGCCGGAUGGUUACUCCUCCCGGGAACUGGUCAAGAAAGUCUCGGACGUUAUCUGGAACAGUCUGAGCCGUUCCUAUUUCAAGGACCGAGCCCACAUCCAGUCGCUCUUCAGCUUCAUCACAGGUACCAAGUUAGACAGUUCUGGAGUGGCCUUUGCGGUGGUUGGCGCGUGCCAGGCCCUGGGGCUCUAUGACGUGCACCUGGCGCUCUCCGAAGACCACGCGUGGGUCGUGUUUGGCAAGGACGGGGAGCAGACAGCCGAGGUCACGUGGCACGGGAAAGGCAACGAGGACCGGCGUGGGCAGACGGUCAACUCGGGCGUGGCUGAACGGGUAACGGAAAACGGCUUCUCUUCUUUGUUGUACUUUCCCUUACCUCUCACCUCUUGUCUGUUGCAGAAGCUACUCUGGGUCCUGUACGACAUGCACCAUUUGGAGAGAUAUCCUAUGGCUUUGGGGAAUCUGGCUGACCUGGAAGAACUGGAACCCACCCCGGGCCGUCCUGACCCUCUUUUCAUAUACCACCAGGGGAUCAACUCAGCCAAGCAAUAUUACAACAACGAGCACAUUUACCCGUACAUCUACCUGGCCAGCUAUCACUGCCGUAACAAAAACGUCAAGGAAGCCCUGGAGGCGUGGGCUGACUCAGCUACCGUCAUUCAAGAUUACAACUACUGCCGAGAGGAUGAAGAGAUUUAUAAGGAAUUCUUUGAUGUCGCCAAUGACGUCGUUCCCAAUUUGCUCAAGGAAGUGGCCAGCCUUGCGGAUUCUACGGAAGAGAAGGGUGCUGUGGAAAGAGGAGAGGCUUCGCCAUCUCAAACGGGAGGCUCGGCGUUGCAGGACCCCGAGUGCUUCGUCCACCUUCUGCGCUUCUACGACGGCAUUUGCAAAUGGGAAGAGGGCAGCCCCACGCCCGUCCUGCACGUGGGCUGGGCCACCUUCCUGGUCCAGUCCCUCAGCCGCUUCGAUGGGACGGUGCGGCAAAAGGUGACCCUGGUGAGCCGGGACCUGGAUGCGAACGACGACGACGACCAAGGCAGUGAGGAUCCUCGGGAAGGUCGGCGGCGGGGUCCUCGCCGAGAAUCCAAGCCGGAAGAGCCGCCCCUGGCUAAGAAGGCCACAGAACGCCGACGUCCGAGCACCACCCAGCGAUCCGAGAGGCCGCUUCCGGAGAAGGAAGAGGGUCUCAGCAGCAGCUCCAGCCCCCGCCCGGAAGGCCUCGUCCUCACCUUCCAAAGCGAGAAAAUGAAAGGCAUGAAGGAACUCCUGGUAGCGGCCAAGAUCAACUCCAGCGCCAUCAAACUGCAGCUCACGGCCCAGUCGCAGGUCCAGCUGAAAAAGCAGAAGGUUUCCGCUCCUCGGACAUACGCCCUGUCCUUCCUCAAGCGACCCCGGAAGACCCUCUGAUCCCUGAGCAAAGCCGGAUGAGAAAAACUUUCUGAUUUCUUGUCAGAAGUUUGCUCGAGUUCUCUUUCCCUCCAGUUUUCUCCUCGGCAACAUUUUGAGAAGACCUGAUAAUCACCUUCAGCUCUUGGCUGGUUGGGUCACAUAUCUUGCUUGGAAAUUCCGCUUUUAGAGGUGGAUUUUGGCUCCUGCCAGGGAGAGCUUAAUUUGGAGGGAUCUGGAGAUAAUACACAAUACCCCCGAGGUUGUGUAGCAUUAGGGACAAAAACAAAAACAAAAACCAGAGACUAGAAAUGACAUCGGACUGUGCAAAAGGACUUGUUGAAUAUUUUUUUUUAACCUCUCUCUCUCUCUCUUUAGUCUCAUGUUUGCAAACAGGACGUGGGAUAAUUCCGUGUUUCUAAUGACACACAGGGGGAUAUAAAUCUUUUUUUUAACUGAGCAACUAAUGAUCCUAACCCGGCUGAAUAUCAAAAAGAUUUGUUAUUUAAAAACAAACGGUAUCGAUGUCAUAACAAACCAGGCGACCGGUUUGUUUGUAAGGAUAAAAGCAAGAACAAGACAGAACUAAGAGGCGUGCACAGAACAGCGAACAAAUCGUCCCGAGUGAUGGCUAACAAUUUUAAAAAAAAAAUCGGGGUAUGUUCAUCCCAUGAAGGUUAUCUUUUAUGAUAAAAGAAAUAUUUCCAAAAGAUCUGAGCCGGACGUUUGGUUCUUGCACUUGUAUAGGAGUUUUAAGAAUUUUUCGUAGACAUUUGCGGAGACAGAAUUAAUAAAUUUUAAGGCUUCUCUUUUUGUUAUAGAAAGGAAAA